AAAGAAGAAGAGGAGGUAAAUAAUAAAUGCUAACCAAACUUUUCCUUUGAAAUUAAAUAUAUCCGUUAUAUCAUAUCAAUUGAAUUUGUGAUUUAUACGAUAAAUAUGAAGAUUUAUUGCAAUACGUUCACCGAACAUAGAUCAUUGCCGAGUUCUAAUAAGGGUAGAAGGCAUACAAAAACCACUCUGGCACUGGCAAAACAUCCGAAAACGGCUCAAAUUUCGCUAAUCUUAUUCACAAAUCAAGCGCCUACCGGUAAAAAAUACAUAAUCAGCAACAACAUUCAACAAAUAAUGACGAAAUUCGCUAAUAAAGGGAAAUUUACCAUUCGUUUUAAAGUCCCAGACGUGGAUUUGUUCGUGGAAGGUGACCCGAUGGAUUUGACCAAAUUUCUACAAUACUUGCACAAAAUGCUUACUAAUAAAACCAUUGAAGAAACUUGUAGUUUAGCGGUCGUGGAUACCAAACCUAAAUCAAGACGGCUUAAAAUCUCCAGCAGGGCCGACUAUCCCAAAAAUGGCCUACCGGAUUAUCUAGAAGAAUUGUAUUACAACAUAGGCAAAUUCGAUAUAACUAACAAAGUUAUACGAUUAACGAGACUGCGAUUAUUAGAUUUGAGUCAUAACGGUAUUAAAAAUGUCCCGAAGGAAUUAAAUAGAUUGCCCAAUUUGGGAACUUUGAAUCUCUCCCACAAUUUACUCGGGCUAGGCGACAAUUCGAGCAACUGGUUAUGCGAGAAUUUUACGAAUACUUUACACACUCUUAAUUUAAGCAACAAUGAAUUGAAGUCUCUCCCGAGGGCUAUUUCAAAAUUGAGGCACCUUCAUACAUUAGACUUGAGCCGUAACUCGUUAACUAGUCUACCAUCAGGAAUAGCUUCUCUUAAGGAACUAAAAAAACUCUCCUUGUCGAACAACAAACUUCAAUCAUUGCCCGGACGAAUGAUGAGAAUGAAUUUAGCAGAAUUAGACGUAUCCGAUAAUAAUUUUUCGAACGCCAUUUGCGAAUCUGUCCCUCGGAAUUGGAGCUUCUCCAGAAUAACGUCGCUAAAAGAACUCGCCGCUAAAGUAGUGAUAAAAUCUAGAGUGCCUUAUCCACCUGGAUCGAUUCCUUACACGCUCAUAAGGUAUCUAGAUGGCGUUGAAUUUUGUACGUGCGAUAAACCAAUAUUCGAAAAUUUUGCGAGGAUCACAGUAGGCCGAUCGUACAGGGCGAAUCUCCGGAAUGUCUCCACCAACGUCACCGUUUCGAAUAACGAGGAUUUAAGAGUUCCGUUGGAUUUAUUGGUGUGUUCUCAAAAAUGCUUGUCGCAUUGUAGAUAAAUACCGUUUUU